AUGGAGGCGGCGACGUUGAAGCCGGCAUCAACUGUUGAGCUACAGAUGAGAAUUGGAUUUUCAUUGAUCACGCUUGUUGCGCUCUACGUUUAUUUGCAAAGACUCAAUGCGAAACCCUCUCAGACAAAGAGCCUGCUCAAGGACAUCGCUCCGACAACAUCAACGGGCUCGUGCAGUUCAGGGAGCGAUCCAGUAACGCAGCUCGACUUUACGAAUGUCGGCCCGUACAAGCCCAACUUUCAGUACGAAGAUGAAGAGCCGAUAUCGUGGUACGAGAAGGACUUCAUAAGUGAUCGCGUUUACAGCAUAACAAUGGCAAUUGAAAAGUUAGCAUUCAACGACUGGAUAGUAUUCGACAAGAACUAUAAGAAGAGAAUGGAUCUCAAAGCCAAGGUCCUCGAAGAGGCCGGUUCAGACGCUAUCGACUGUAGAGAAGGAGGUUACGAUGGCUGUGUCGAGAUGCUCGAGUGCCUGGUGAAUUAUCUACCGCGUCGUUUUCCGACAAUCUUCACCUUGUCAGCAGACAAGAGCGUCAUCAACAACCGGGUCACUGGAGAAAGCUUCAAUGUCUCCCCGCCUUACGUCAAACACCACCCUUUAUACAUUGCUGGUAGACUUGUCGAGGACGAUCUGAACAUUCUUGUCGAGGGCCCAUCCGGAGAGUACGUUUUGAAAGCUGUCCUGUCGGCUUUUCCCGCGGGCUUCCACGUGCGAGACAAGAUGGACAAAACUCUCACUGAGAUACAUCAGACUGUUCCUACGUUCUUCAAAAGUGUAGACCCGUCAAAGAUGGUUGUGCGGGUCAAUUGGGCAAUAAACGACCACGAGGAACUUUUCCUGACUGAAGGAGCUCACCUCUACGAGAACGAUGUCGGUGAGGCCGACGAGAGUAUCGACAUUGAGCAGGUUCAGCUGCGGGUGGAGAGACAGGUUCUCCGACGCUUGCCGCGGACUAAAGCCAUCUGUUUCGUGACAAAGACGUAUCUUUAUCGUCUGGUCGACAUCGCAGAAAUACCUGGCUUCGCAACUCGAUUGGGCGGACUGCUGCACAAGUUGCCUGAAAAGUUUGCUUUCUACAAGAGAAAACCGGUCUGGGGGAAGGUUGUGCUUGCAUAUCUUGACGAGAUGGCAGCUAAAUACCCUGCUGAAUCUUAG